CUUCUGUUAGCAAAGAUGCAGAAGUAAUGUUGAAGCUUGGGAGCACGCCCGAUAAGCGCGAACAGUAUCGACUAAUGAGAGAUGCAAUGGAGAAAAGAUUUAUUCGGGUGACCCGUGGUUCAAUAGUUGGUGGUGUGCGUCUUGGAAUGUUUACGGCUGCCUUUUGUGGGUUACAGAACUUGCUUGCUGAAAAGCGAGGCUUCCAUGACGUUUAUAACGUAGUUGGAGCUGGUUCUGCAACUGCUGCAACAUUUGGUUUAAUUUUGCCAGGUUCACUUCGUUGGCGUGUAAGGAAUAUGAUGCUGGGUUCAGUUAUGGGUGCUGCGAUUUGCUUCCCUCUUGGUAAACAUAUUUGGCCCUUCAUCUAAUCAUUUAGUGGCAUACCAU